GGUUUGCAGUUUGAUUUUCUUCUUCUUUGAACUAUGCAAAUAUACAUGAACAAUAAAAGAUGAUGUUCCACGUAGACAGCCCAUUGUCCUGGGCCCAAUUGGUAAAACCCUUGUCAUCACCUUAGAUGGAAGGAUACCAGUUGGAAGACACAGAAAAACAAUUCCAGUGGGACUUAAUAACCAGAACUAUGGCAAAUUUUAAAGGGCAUGCACUGCCAGGGAGCUUUUUCCUCCUAUUUGGUCUUUGGUGGUCAGUGAAGUACCCGCUGAAGUAUGCCUGCAGGAAAAAUAAGAAGAUUUGCUUUUUUGGGUCAAAAGUUGGAUUUCAGCGCGUUGAAGUCAUAGAAGGAGCAGUGAAGGCAAUCUUUGCUUUGAUAGGGAUGUUGGCUGAACAGUUUGUACCAGAUGGGCCUCAUCUCAGAUUGUACAACCAUGAGGAGAAGCAGUGGAGCCAUCUAAUGAACUGGCAGCACUCCACCAUGUAUUUCUUCUAUGGCAUCUCCGGGGUGGUAGAUAUCAUCACUCAUACCACCAAGGCUGUUCCUGUAGCUAUGGACAGACUGAUGCUGGCGAUUGCCGUCUUUGUGGAAGGAUUCCUAUUUUAUUACCAUGUACAUGGCAGACAGGAGCUAGAUAUGCACGUUCACGUACUCCUCCUAUUUGCAAUUUUUGGGGGAGCACUGUGCACAUUUUUGGAGGUCUUCUUCCGGGGAAACAUUAUACUUGAAUUGUUCAGGUCAAGUCUGUGUAUCCUACAAGGCAGCUGGUUCUGGCAGAUUGGAUUCGUGCUGUAUCCCCCCGGAGGUGGACCCGAGUGGAGCCAGAAUGAUCAUGGUAACAUCAUGUUCGUUACAAUGUGCUACUGUUGGCACUACGCCUUUGCACUCUUGCUUGUUGGUGUGAAUUAUGGCGUUGUCUCAUGGGUGGUUAAUACCAAGCUGAAAUCUGCCCAGUCUAUGGAGAUGGAAUUACUCAAGUCACAGCAGAGAGAUCAAGACUCUGAGGAUGAUAUAUAGGAAAUUCUGCUGCUAGUCCUAAGAAGCCUUAUUAUGUACUGUAUAACACUAUAGAUUUACAUGUAACACUUUGUAUAAAGUGGCCAAUUAUGUAUUGUUUACCUUCAAAACCCACCAAGACCUGUCCAUACUAUCACCAGCCAUCGGUAUAUUUAUUCCCUAUUAUUGUAUAUUUGUCACUCUAAAUGGUUUCGGGUCAUUCGAGCACAUGUACAUGGAUGUAUUAUAGGUCUGUUUGUAUGGAGCCAUUGUAGGGUUUCCAUAAAGGUGUAUAGGGCCUUUACUGUGCCUCCAUAGACAUAAGGAGGAUUUUUUUUUGUCAUACGUACAGGAUCUGCUGCUUAUUUUGUGUAGCUGAUUUUGCUACCCAUUACAGAGUGUUAGGCUAGUCUAUUGUGCGCCUAAUUUAUCAAAAGACGCACGGCUCUUGAUAAAUUCUGCGCACGGACUUUGGGAUCUAUGCUUUAGACUGUAUUUAAACCUGGUCUGACAUUUCGGCGUACUUUCAACCGAUGCGACUUGUCGCAGAAAAGUCGCUUUUGAUAAAUUCAGCACCAAUGCAUUUUCCAAUGCAUUUCCGUCUAAAAUAGACUAGCAUGCAUCAUGUUCUAAAAAUCCUCUAGAGCAAAAGUCGCACAAAAGUCGCACAUAUUUAGACAGGAAAAAACAGUCUAAAUCCUUUGAUAAAUAUCCCCCAUUGACUUCAGUGGCUAGCAAAAUGAGCUGCAGAAAAUAUGCAGCAGAUCCUGUACGUGUGAGCGUACCCUUAUAGUAGUAUAUAAAAAGACAAAUCCGUUGACAAAUUUGAUGUUGCACACCACAGUUCUUUGGUGCGAUGCAUACUUUGCAACAAAUCUAACAACCCACAUGCAACACUGAACUUUGUCUGAAAAUGUCUGAAAAUAUGAAAAAAAAAAUUUCUUGGGAAAUUCCAAAAGAGGCAAGAAAACCAGUACAGAAUAUCAGACCAUAAAGUGUUAAAGUAACGUUUCUACAGCUUGGAAAUGACGUACCAUUCAGUGUGAAACAUACAUUAAUAGGGGAGCAAAUACUUGUUUAUAUUUAGGCCUUGUUUGAUUGUCAGAUUUGGUUAGUUUUUAGCAUUUAUAUUUUGAAGCCACAUUCAGCAGUGGUUGUUAAGAAGAGAGAACACAAAAUGUUUUUCAAUAUGUUAAAGAGACACUCUCGAUUUUGGUAUCAAAAUAAUGAUGCAGAAUACUGACCAAAUCUGCAAUGUGUGAACAAGUAUUAAGCUGGUUGUACACAGCCAUAAUAUGGGGUCUUUGCCUCAAUUCAUGGAAAUCUCCCUCACCAUAUCGUGUUUAGUUUUAAAUUUAUUUAAAAUUUAUUAUUGUUCUUAUAUAAACUGGACCUGAAUGAUCUAGUGAAUUUUAAUCAAAAAUCAUCAUCUCAAACAUUCCACAAGAUAGCUAUGUGUUAGCAUUUGCAGUAGUUAUCAUUGUGUCUUAUAUACAGACGUGGACCCUUCCGUUAAAGACAGGAAAACCCACAAUGCUCCUUGAAAUAAAUGUAACAAUUAAAGGAAAACUAUCAGCAAAGUCGCCCACAGUAACCAGUGCUACUGGCUGGUAGUGCGGGUGACGCUGAUUAAAAUGAUACUAACUUUGCCCGGAUC